AUGGUUGCGGGGUCAUGGUCGUCGAACCGGGGUUGCGUGGUCGUGGUCGCCGAACCGCGGGGCUUUGUUGUGUCGAGCCGAGCGUUUGUUCAUGCUCCAUGGUUGCGGGGUCAUGGUCACCGAACCGUGAGAUUUUUCGUGCCGGACCAAGUGUUUAUUCGCGAUCUGAAUUGUAAAGCUUGUUGUGCCGAGCCGAGCUCGUGGACGCUGAACCGCGGAUGGCCUUGUGAUUUUGGGUUAGAUGGCCCUGGCGAGAUUCGAGAUGCUUGGUUGGGACAGUCGGGAGCUGGAGAUGCUUUGCCAGUUUUGACAGAGGAAGAGUUUCGAGAUCUCAACGGUUUGUUCGUCCCUGAGAAUGCAGAACUUAGGCAGGGUCCCAGUCAACCGAGACAUGGCCGUGGAAAAGUUUUCGAGGUCGACGCUAGAGAGAACGCGCGGAGUGAGUCAAGAUCUCUCAUUAUGGGUCUGAGUGCUUCAAGAGCGACUUCUCAGUUUUGUGGGCGUCGUGCAAACAAAAAUCAAGCGCCCGAAGGCGUGGAGGCUCUUAUACCGGAACCACAUCAACGUCCUUCGGAUUGUCCCGAAGGAUACAUAUGCCUUUUUGAGUCCUACUUUACGGAGGGCGGGCUCUGGUUUCCACUUCCAGAAUUUCUCACGAGCUACUGUAGUCGGCGGAAUAUCGCGUUUUCGCAGCUAUCGGUAGCUAGCAUCCGGAACGCGAUUGGCCUUGUGAUUUUGGCGGCUGAGGAGCGUUUGGUUGUGGACCUUGAUCUUUUUGAAGAGGUCACUAGUUUUUCGAUUGGAGUUAAGAACCGAAGCAUGGUUUGUGCGAAUUCGAGACGGGGUUUUAAGAUUUUCUACGGUGAAACGAGUAGGGUUCGUGACUGGAGGAAGUGUUUCUUCUUCGCGAAACUAAGUGAUGUCUCUGUUGACGACACUAAUUUGUCGUGUGUUAACAUAUGGAACUUUAAUCCUGGGUUCGUUCCACGUCAUGAAGCGUCUUCCGACAAUACCUUUCUUUCGAAUCUUAGUCUUUUGUGCAAGAGGAGUGCUUUAUCGUGGCCACACAUGCUCGAACAUUUUAUUGACUGUUCUCCGUCGUGCCUGAGGAUGGGUAGCUGUGAACUUCCGCGUUAUACCGAUCAAUUUGAUGAUGAUGAAGAGCUCGUUUGUGAAGAUGAGCCGCAGGUGCCUAUUGAUGAGCCUAUUCAUGAAGGUUCAGCUGAGGCGACUGAUACGGUUGACGUGUGUGUCGUCAAGCCGGAAGUUCCAAAUAAGGAUAGAGGAACAGAGGUUGCUGCUGCUCGUGCUGGGAAGAAAGUUUUGAAGGAAACGACGGGAAGCGUUCCUUUUCCUUCCGUCGGUGGUAGUCGAUCGAGAAAGAGGGAUUCUUCGCGUCGUAGCCCUGAGACUGGACCAUCUAAUGUCGGUAAACCCCCUAGGCACGGAACGCCUAUUCGAAACGCCGUGGAAGGGGUUGAUCACUCAUUCUCCUUCAACUAUGACGCAAGGGACCAUAUGUUCCACAAUGACGGGAGCGCAUGCGCAGAGCUUGGGAGGAAUGUCCGUGGCGAUUUCUCUGAGUUUCCGCAGGUUGAAACUCUUCUCGCGCCAGAUCUCUACCGCGAUGUAUGUCGUCAAAAGUUUCAGGAGAUGAGCCAGACAAACCGUAUGGUCGGUUUUUAUGAGAAAAAGGUGAGGGAAGUCAUGAGGGAGAGAGAUUUGCUCAAAGUUGCUUUGGAGACUGCGAGAAAAUCUCUUGCAACGUCUAGAGCGGAUAGGCAUUAUGAGAAAUCUCGCGAGGAUGCUGUAGCGGUAGAGCGUCGCAAGGUGGUGACUGAAAUCGAGGAUAGUCAUGCUCGUAUCGAAAGAUUGAGGAACCAUAUUAUCGGAUUGCGAGCUUACAGUGUCCGAAAAUACACGCUUUGUCAGGUGAAGGGAGUUCAAGAAUGUCUCGAGACGAUGAUUGCCAAAGGGACUGCCAUUCCCGAGUCUAGGAUGAAGAUAUUAGCCAAGGGUCGUCCGAUUUGGCAGUCUAAAGGUCGAUGCGAUCGUGGUUCCAGAGAUUCUUGCAAACGACCUCGACCCCUUCCAGGCGCCGCCGAGAGAUGGGGACGGCGACACCGCUGUGUGAUAUGA